CUGAGCCAUACAAAAAUCAAGUUAAUUAACCGUUACCAUUGCUUGUCCCUCCCAGUGUGACCAGGCAGUCGCUUCCGUGUCAGUUCUCUUUUGACCGCUUCUCACUCAGACCAAAUCCAGCGCGGCAUGGUGGUGCAGCGUCGACCCAUGGACGUGGAGGCCGAGGUGCCUACAGCCGUGUACGCACUAGACCUGCAGCGCGUGAGCCAGUUGCUGUGUAUCCCCGAGACGGAGCUUCUCUCUGGAUUCCAGGCAGAUCCCACCCGUUCCGAGAUUCAGGGCGUCAUCGUCGAUGCCGGUGAGAACGUUCCAUUCGAGACCGUGGGCCACGACGCCGUUAGCUCUCCAGAUCAAGUGGAAGUGGACGUCGACGAGGCCCCGAGCUCUCGUCCGACUCCUCCUCGUUCCAGUGCGUUGCCGCCACUACCCCCUGGACGUCCUUCAGCGGCGCGUCAGCCCGCCCCAUUGCCAAUAACCCCGACGUCGCGACGUCCUGCAGUGCGUCAAGUGCUUCUCACUGCCGCAGUGCGACCCAGCAGUCUGGAUGAGAACCAACGCCCCAAGUGCCUCAUUCAGUUAGGCCAACAGACCAUCAUCAGUCACAUAUUAACGCAGCUCUACGCUGCUGGUGUGGAGCGAGUGGUGGUGUCGGUCGCUGCAGCUGGAGGUCAGAUCAUGGCCGCAGUCAAACAAACGCCGUUCUAUACCAAGAUGAAGAUCGAGUUCCUAGAUUUAGGACGAAAGAACGACGACGGACACGCUCGGUCCAUUCUCGCAGCGAGGAGCAUGUUCCCCGGUCUGGAGCCGUUCUUGAUCCAUACAGCUGAUCACAUUUUCGACAAGUCGGUAGUGUCUAAGCUGUCAGCGUAUCCUCUAGGAGAUGCAGUCGCGUGUGUGCUGGUGGAGACGGAUAUUGAGGAGCUAACGGGUCUACCGCCGACUACAGUCAAGGUGAAGAUUAACGAGGAUAACCAACAUGUGACCCACAUCGGUCGUGACCUUGAAGUCUACGACGGUAUCGAUGCUGGUCUGUUCUUGAGCUCACCGGGCAUUUUCGAUGCGUUGGACGCGCUCGCUAGACAGAAAAGCUACUUCUCUCUCGCUGAAGCGUUGGAUAGUUUCACUCCCAAGUCGAUAUCUUCGAGUUCAAGCCGUCUUACGUACCUCCCGACGGCUGGAGAAACAUGGUUUAGUAUUGAAACGGAGGAGCAAUUAGCUUACACUCAAGACACGGAUGGUACGGCGAAAUUAUCUCCCUGGACGGUCUUCUUGGCUUCGACGCCUAUCGGAGAUCCGUCUCUGACGAAGAACGUGGUUAUCGGAGUGUCAGCACCUGACCCAGACAUGUCGCUUCGUGUUGCUGGCAAUACGGACAGCUCCAAGCUUUUCCAGGGUUUCGUUGUAGGUGUGGGCAAUUCAGAUUAUCCAGAGGAUGAAGCCGAAGGAGCCGAUGAGAGCGUAGAGGGGCUGAGUCCCAGUGGCCCUUAUGAUUCCGAAGCUCGACCGCUGUUAUCGUACAGUGGGCGGUCAAAAGGACUGUGGUCAAGUCGUUCUGCGAGAUCUCCAUUCUCCGCACGCUCAUUCAUGGACAGCAAAGGCUCUGCGUUCGAAAAUGAGGAGUUGUCUCCUUUCGUGCUCUUGUUUCCAAUGGAUGACGAGACAUCUAAGACGGUUGAGGAGAACUCAAACCACCAUGCCUACCUGAUUGAAAUGACUCCUAGUGAUCCGUCUGGUGUGUUACCUCCUGGGUCAGGUAUGUCCGAGUACUUUCUGGCUGUACCAGACAAACAUGAGCUGGAUUAUGAAGACGAUGAGGCUUCCCUCUCCGCAAGUUUGGUGACCCCACGAGCAACAUUGACACCACUACACAAGGCAACGAUUCUGCCGUCAGAUAUCACACAGAUCCAGCUGAACACCCGCGGGUUCGAGGACAAUCUUGAGGUGACAGUCGUGGUUAAACGUCAGGCUCCCGUUAUCGGCUACAUGCUGCUCAUGUCGUCUCUAUUCACCAUCUCGUCUGUAGGUGUUGCGUUGGAUGAGGUGGACGACGUGGUAACUCCAGAGAUUCGUAUCUUCUGGCGAAACAUGGCCACGUCGAUGGUCACAUUUCCUUUCGCGUUGACAAUUCUUCUCCGCGGUAAUGAUGGACCGCAUGGUCCUAGCUGGAAGGAGUUGGUUCCUUCCGUUCUCGUGGCUGGAGUGGCGUACGCGUACUUUUUGGGAUCAUUUGUCGUGGCUCUGUCAAUGACUUCGGUUGGUCACGCUACGCUGUUCAACAACGCGCACUCAGUGCUGCUUGUGUUUUGGAAGAUCAUGCAGCGGAAGCCUGUAGCUGCGUUUGAGGCUUUGGGUGCUGCCAUUGGUGUGGUUGGAGGUGCUGUCACCACUAUGGAUACGACGGAGGGAGGCCCUAACAUAGUGUCUGCGACUGCGGCUGGAGACCUCAUGGCACUUUCUGGAGCCGCUGGAGGAGCUCUUUACUUCACGCUGGCCAAAAAGGUUCGUCCACAUAUGCAUUUGUUGGUGUUCCUGUGUGGGCUCACAGCCACGUCAGCCAUGACGCUGCUGUGUUACAUGCUGGCUUCUGGUCAAGAACUCAGCCUGUCUACUGACCCGUACAAUGGAGUGUUUGGAUGGCUGACCCCGUCCGUCAAUCGACUGCUGGUGGUCCUCUACCUCGUCUUCAUCUGUGAUGGUAUCGGCACAAUGGGCUACAUCGGUGUGAUGAAAUACUUCGAUCCGAUCGUCGUAUCUAUUGUGUGUCUGAUGGAGCCCAUCGUAGCCACAGCUCAAGGUAUCGCCAUGGGUGUGGAUGUUAUGCCUGGGCCUUACACUUUUGUUGGGGCCUCCCUCGUCAUCGGUGGCACGUGCCUCGUGCUCUCCUCACAAAGUCGCAAGACAGAGAAGGUUGACGCCACAGAAGCCGUUCUGGCUUCAGAUGCCACUCCGCGUGCAGUAUAUAGUACGCGUUCGCGAAGAAGAACACCGCGAUACGGCAGCACGCCCCACUAGAUGUACCGGAAGCAGACUUGAUAGACUGAGACAAAGUCACGUUGAAUAAUAGAAAAAGCGUUUGUCAAAUAC